AUGUCGCGGUUCGUGUACGGCUCGCUGAUGUCCCCGGAGGUGCUGAGCUCGCUCCUCGGGCGCGUCCCGCCGCGACGCCCCGCGACGCUGCGCGGAUACCGCCGCUUCGCCAUCGUCGACCGCGUCUACCCCGCCGUGCUCGCGGACGAGACGACGAUUAACGACGUCGUCGACGGCGAGGUCCUGCACGGGAUGACGCGACGCGAGCUCGCGGUGCUGGACUGGUUCGAGGACGAGGCGUACGUGCUAACGCGCGUGGACGUGACCGACGAGGACGCGUACUCGGACGAGCGCGUCGUCCAGGCGUACGUGUACACGAGCGACAAGCGGCACGAGCUGCGCGGGGACUGGGACUACGACGCGUUCCGCGCGGAGCACCUCGAGGCGUACGUGCGGAUGUGCGACGAGUUCAGGGAAGACAUCGAGGACAACGACCUCCCGGGGGACGACUCGUCGUGCGAAGGCACAGACGACGACGCGUGA